AUGCCUAUGAAACUCGACGGAAGCUGCCAAUGCGGCGGCAUCGAAUUCACCCUCCAGUCCCAGACGCCAGUUCCAUACCAGCUCUGCGCCUGCAGCAUCUGCCGCAAAGUCGGCGGAUACAGCGGUAGCGUGAACCUGGGCGGCAUCGCCGACAGCCUGCAGAUCCUCAAAGGCAAAAACCUCAUCAAGAAAUACUCCGGAAUCAAAGAUCGCGGCACACCGAACGAAGAGCGCUGCUCCUCCGAACGGAACUUCUGCUCUAACUGCAGUACCAUGCUGUGGCUGUGGGAUCACCACUGGCCGGAACUGAUUCAUCCUUUUGCUUCUGCUAUUGAUACCGAGCUGCCUGUACCGGACCAGAUGGUUUGUGUUUUGGGCGAGUCGAAGCCUGACUGGGUGCGUUGGCCGGAGGGGAAGAAGAGUGUGCAUGAGGUUUACGGGGAGGAUAGUAUUGAGGGAUGGCAUAAGAAGCAUGGAUUCUUCGUUGAGUAA